CUCUCGCGAGAAGACAACAUAGCAGUCGCGCUUCCCGGCAUGCCUCUCGCAGGAAGAUGAAGGCUGAGGCGGCCAUGUUAGAUUAGGCCCGCGUACACAAGAGCUGAGAGGAAGCAGGAGAACUUCUCAUCCCGUGCUUCCCCUCAAUCCGCAUCCAUCCGGCCGCGGAGUCACCAUGAGUGGCGGGACGCCGUACAUCGGCAGCAAGAUCAGCCUCAUCUCUAAGGCGGAGAUCCGAUAUGAGGGGAUACUGUACACCAUCGACACCGAGAACUCUACGGUGGCCCUGGCCAAAGUCCGUUCUUUUGGAACCGAGGAUCGUCCAACGGAGCGGCCUGUAGCUCCUCGAGAUGAAGUGUUUGAGUACAUCAUAUUCCGGGGCAGCGAUAUCAAAGACCUCACUGUGUGUGAACCUCCGAAGCCCCAGUGCUCCCUGCCUCAAGACCCGGCCAUAGUCCAGUCUUCACUGGGAACCUCUGCAACUUCCUCUUUCCCGACUGCAAGCUCCUACGCCCCGUUCAGCAGGAUGCCGGCGUACAGCCAGUUCAACUCGGGCCCUCUGAUGCCUCAGCAGUUUGGAGCUGUUGGUAUGCAUAUUUUUUGUAGUGGAAGCGCCCUGAGCUCAUUCGGUGCAGACGCAACAUCCAGUGCUCCUCUGGGCUCAACCAGCACAGUGACCUCAUCCUUUAACCAGGACACAAGGAACCAGAAAACACAAUUGCCACAAGUUCGUUCGAGUCCCCUGCUAGAUCCGCUAAGGAAGAGUCCAACCCUCGAACAAGGGGUCCAGACGGCGUCUGUUCAGCCAGCGGUCACAGCACCCGUGGGCAGGAGGAGUCCAGUUUCUUCCAGACCUCUGCCAUCCACAAUCCAAAAGACGAUGGAAAGCACAGAGCAAAGAAAAAGUGAGGCACAAAGGGUAGCAAGAGCCGACCCAGACAUUCUUAGGAACGACAAACAAGACCCCACUGCAGCGGCAGCCGCAUCCCAGCCCAGGAGAGGUCGCGGCGGUCACAGAGGAGGGCGAGGGAGAUUUAACGUCAGGCGAGACGGCCCCAUGAAAUUUGAAAAGGACUUUGACUUCGAAAGCGCCAAUGCACAAUUCAACAAAGAAGAAAUCGACAAGGAAUUUCACAACAAGUUAAAAAUAAAAGAUGACAAACCAGAGAAGCCGGUGAACGGAGAGGACAAGGGGGACUCUGGGGUGGACAUGCAGAACAGUGAAGGAAACACAGAAGAGGAAGAGGUGCCGUGUUACUACGAUAAAACCAAAUCUUUCUUCGACAACAUCUCCUGCGACGAUAACAGAGACCGAAGAUCAACGUGGGCUGAGGAGCGGAAAAUUAACGUCGAGACGUUUGGUGUUCCCAUGCGCUCCAGAGGUCGCGGCGGUUACAGAGGUCGAGGAGGGAACAUGGGUUUCCGUGGUGGAAGAGGACGUGGCGAGAGGAGAGGCGGUGGAGGAGGCGGGGGGUUUGGGGCGCCCAGAGGUUACCGUGGUGGCUACAGAGGAGGGCGUGGGGGAAGGGAAUUUACAGACUAUGAAUACAGGAAAGACAACAAGGUGGCUGCUUAGUGCCGGAUGAAGCUCCCCAUUUUUUUUUUUUUUUUACCCUUUUGCAGUCCCAGGAAGAUGUUUUCAGUCUUUUGUGAAGAAUGAGGUUUAACUUGCUGUACAUUUGGUCACCAGCACUGCGAGAGCGUGACUGCCGAUGGAACGUCUUCAGUGCCGCGGGGUCCCAGAAACAUUUUUUUUUUCUCCCUCUCCCAGUUUCCUCGCAUCUUUUUUGCGGCCCCUGCAACACUAAAAGACUGUUGAGCGAUCAAUCGGCAUUUCUGAAAGAAAACUAAA